CAAUUUACAUUUAAACCGAUUUUACCGCUAAACCAACCAUUCGUGUUGUUCGAUUGAUCUCUUUCAGACUAUACUGCAUCGUGUCUAUGUCUCUGAGAUGGAUUUUCUAACGCCUAGCUUCUGACGUUUGAAGAACAAAAUCCUCCCUUGCAUUGCGCAGUGGAAGAAGUUGCAGCCAGCACCAGCAAUCCUAUCGUCUUACAUUCAAGCAUUUUUUGGACAAUGGCCGCGUUCUCUUGGCCCCAUGAAGCCGAGUUAAAUCGAAUGAGAAAGGUAGUUUCAGAAAUGGCUGGGGUAGAUAAAGAGAAAGUUCGAGUUGUGGUAUCUCCUUAUCGAAUUUGCCCUUUGGGAGCACAUAUUGAUCAUCAGGGGGGGACUGUUUCAGCUAUGACAAUCAACAAGGGAAUACUUCUGGGGUUUACACCUUCUGGCAGUAGUGAGGUUGUAAUUCGAUCAGGACAGUUUCGAGGAGAAGUUAAGUUCAGAGUUGACGAGGUUCAGCAGCCAAGACAACCUCUUCAGAAUAAUAAUGUGAAUCAGACAAAAGAUUCCUCUCAGCAAGAAGAAUGUGAAUGGGGGCGUUAUGCUAGAGGAGCUGUGUAUGCACUACAAAGUAGGGGAAACAAUCUUUCCCAGGGUAUCAUAGGAUUCAUCUGUGGUUCUGACGGUUUGGACAGUUCAGGAUUAAGCUCUUCUGCUGCUGUGAGAUUUCUUUUGCCACAGCCCAUGUUUUCUUUCUUUGGUCCUUAA